AUGAAGAUCUGCCAAAUCCACUGCACCCUGGUACUCUUGGGGCUUGUUCUGGGCCUGUUCUGCCCCAUCGCUGCCUCACAACCAGACCUGCGCUACCGAAGCUUCCUCCAGAGAGCGCAUGCUGCUGCCAUGAGCCCACAGGACUGGAGCAAGCAAGCAGUGGAGAACCUCCUGUCCCAGCUGGCCCCUCCGCAGGGUGAGGUCCCCCAAGGAGAGGUAUCUGCGGCAGAUGAAGGGGAGGAGGUUCGUGUGGAUUUGGAGCGCUCUUUGGACCCCAACAACCUGCCCCCACGUGAGCGGAAAGCUGGUUGCAAGAACUUCUACUGGAAGGGCUUCACCUCCUGCUGA